CUGAAAAUACUCAAAUUAGCAAUGUUGUAACUAAUAAUAAGAUGGAAAAAUCAGAAAGCAAAAAUACUAUUACCAAGAUGUCCCUUCCAGACGAGUUGACGAAAUUUAGACAACUUUGGUGGGACCAGGGUAAUAUGCACCCAAAGGCUAAUUGGGAAAAUACCCCUUUACCUUAUGAGCUCAAGUCUAACGUUAGUUGGGACCAAUAUGCCGAACGAACUGACAAGCAUAAUGUACACGGCAUGUGGGAAUGGAAAAAUGGAAAAGUUUUCGUAUAUGAACUUCCUGCCGCACCUCACGAAUCUGCGUGUGCUGAAUUAAUGCGUUCAUUGAAUUUUGCAUUAGCUGGCGUAUAUCUUACUGAUUAUGAUUUCGUUUCAUUAGGAUCGAUGAGU